GCUUUCCUUUCCUGCUGUUCGUCGUCGUUUUCAAAGUCAUUGCGAUUGUCUCUAGUCUGCGUUGUCGCUCUUUACGGGCCAUUUACACCGGCGUCUGCUGAUCUGGAAACGGUAGCCCCUCCCAAGGCCUCACCACCGUUUUCCCACCGUCGGGACCUUGUAAGUUCUACCAGCUGGACCCGAAAACAACCACAACGGAAAAUUCGACCUCGAAAAAGGACGACCGUCACCAAAAAACCAAAUUCGAUGGAGUGAGGGAAAUUCGGUCAAGCCUCGCUUUUGCCAGGAACACGUCGAUUCAGCAGACGACGCUGAGGGCAGACUCCCUCCCACAAAGGGUCGAAACAGUCAUGGCCUGUCUGCGGCCACUCGACGGACGGGGUCGACCAGGGUGCUUGGCCGUAUCUGGACCGAGUGGGCGAGAAUCUCCAACCCAGCGACCACCAUGAAUGGCCAGGCCUUCAGGCUUCAUUCACUGCCGCAGCCUUCGUCCCUCUUCAUGUUUGACCGGCAGGCAAAAUCAAUGACCCAAAAGUGGCCAAAAAAACCGGACAAGUUCGAGAUCAAUCGACCCAGGGAAAAAAAAGAACCCAAGCACCACUGCGACACAGCAACAGCAAACUAUCGAGCGCAGGCACGAAUAGAAAGCCUUCUAGGACCAGCCAUGCGGGCCAUGACCGUGACGGGGCCGGCACCGGGCCAGGCCAAACUGCGCCAGUCAUGGGAUCCCGCCAAAGAAAUGACGAAACAGCCCUGAGAGCAGCCUGGACCCUACCGCUACAGCCUUCUGCUACUGCCACUGCCACUGCGACCUGCCUUACCGUGGUGCCGUGCCAGUAAAGAGACUCGAAACCUUCUGGCCCAGUCCAUUUGCUAUAUGCCAAUUCGGAGACCGCCGCAGAUUUUCGACGCUUCAGUUACCAUCAUGUGUCUGCCGACGUGCCUACGAAAAGCAGGAAUGAAAAUCUCAUUAUGGGCUGUCCGAGAAUCACUGGCGUCGAUGUUGGGCGAUUCUGACGGGGAUGUGAUGGCCGCUUCGAACUGAGCCAUGUCACUGGGAAGCAUGCAUCUCUACCGCAUUAGCUUCUUUGGGGCCCUCAUUGGCGGGGCAUCCUGCAGCAAUUAACCAUGGACAACGAACGACGGCGGCAGUCUCGAGAUGCACCAUUUAUUACUCGAACGACGACGACAACCAUGCGCGGCAAUUCGUCUCCUUGACCUUUCUUCGACUUGUUUGCUUUCUUCAGUUUGUACAUCAUGCAGACUUCUGCGCCCCCGACCUUCCCCUACGAUCUGCACAAGGCAAGGCCUUCCCCAUUUACACUAGACGCCGUGUUCUUACACCCCUGCGGAUGGUGAUAGGGAAACGCACAACCAGGCGCAGUGAUGGAGCGACGUGCGACGUACUACGGCUUGCUAAAGUUGGCUGCCGUGACGCUGGAUCGAGUUGAGUCUGCCACAUUGCGACUCCUUCGCUCACACACCUACACACCUAUCUACAUACUCGCCAUCUUCCAACUACUCGAUGUAGGUUUCGGAUGUGGCAUUGCUAUUAGACGCUGGUAUCGCCUCACGACAUGAAUUUCUUUCGCGAGGUAGCUCGUCGCCUUCUAUCUUUGCACCGGGGCAUCUGGCUGCCUGCUCUCUAUUCACGCCUCUUUCGACUGACAAGCUUCUUCUGCUUUCAUUUCUUUUCUGUACUCCUACGACCCGAGCAGACCACUUGGUCGGAGAAAAUAUAUCCGUGGACAGCCACACCAACUUUUGAAGAAUAUGCACAGGACAUACCAGAGCAAAACAACAUUGCAUAAUCACCAUAUGGGCAUUUUUUUACAAGCGGAACUCAUGGCGCUCAAAUUAUUCUCUACGCUACCGUUGUUCUGGAGGCGGCACCAACCGUUGUCUGGAAUAUUUUUCAAUGCCAAGAAGUCUUGGGAUUGGGACAUGCCACACAGGCAGAAAACAGUGACUUGUUUAUCGGCCUUGUGAGCACGAGAAAUAUGUUGAAAAGAGACGGGAAUUACAGGAAGGCACUCUAGGCUCGAUCAAGGGAAAUAAGAAGGAAGAUCAUACGACACUACCUCGGAACGAUGGUCGGCACAGAGAGAGAAGGAGAGGGUCAUCGUGACUGUGAACUCAAGAUGGGGAUGGACAAGCGCAGACGACUUAGGGAACACGGGCAUCGGAAUGCUCGUUGAUACCUAUCACGAGGAAGGAGGACGACUCGUCGAUAACAACGGCGAUAAACACCAUUCCUCACAUCCGGUACGAAGUGAGCAGCAAUUCUGCCAGAGGUGAGCGGAUGCGGUUUAGGUGACUUUUCGGAGGAAGAGGGAAGUAAUACACAGACGUUACUUGGUGGACACCAAUCUGGUAGUGUCUGCUAAGAGAGUGAUGGGAGAUAUUAACAGCAGACACUGCUCUGGUAUUAGGCUACUAACAAAAACAUCUCAUUGGCUCCUCGGUUCACUCCGGGCCCUGUGUUCCACCGAGUCCAAACAACGCUAGUCCGUAGACGGAAGGGAAGCGCGUCUGGGAACAUUUACCUGGCGGUGGGCGGAUGAAACCAAUGGAGCAGCAGCACAGCCCCCCAAAGUCUCUGCUGAUUUGUCGAGAGUUGGAAGAAGCAGGCAGGAGCAGGACUUGACUUGACAGACACGACACAGCCAGGAACCUAAGGACACACUCUCACUCGGUCGCGUCCAGUUCGAAUGGGAAGCCAGCGCAGUUCCAGUUCACAGUUCACAGUUCAUCGACCCUCCCUUCCAAUUCUAAUAUCCACGACUCUCAGCCCGGCUCUCAUCAGUGUUCCAAGCUGCAGCAGCCUUUGCCUCUGAUUCGGGACGCCGUCGCCGCCAACAAAGCUGCUUUUGCUUUCUGUUGUCCAUCGCUUUUGAGUAGCAUUUGUUAGGUAAGACCAGGCACACCCUCUCUCUCUAUCUUGUUCUUCUCUCAGCCUUUCUGUUGCAUUGCUUGCUUGCUGCUGGUCGCUUGCCCACCCCAUCGCCUUUUGCUUUGAGGCUUUCUUCUGAUUCUGCUUUUCUGUUCUGGCCUGCCCCGACCCGAAGCUGUACUGCCUCCCUCCGCCGCCGCCCCGAAAGUCGUACCCUUUUUUUUUUUCUCUUCCCCUUCCCAAUCCUCGCACCCCCAUCCCGAUCACCCCCGGGCCGCCGAUAGAGUUGUAAGUGCUGUUUCCAUCGUCUCGUGACCUCUAUUCGAUGCGAUGAUGUCUCCUUCUUGAUGGUUGACACCCGUCGAUGUGGUUGCUGAUGCUUGUGGUUGCGCGAGUUCGCGAUCCUGGGCACUGCAGGCUUCGCAUCGGCUCUGCCUCUUUUUUGCCUUUUCCCCCCUUAUCGCUGCUACCUUGCCUUGUGUUCCUUGCGCGCUUCCCAGCCCAUAUGUGGCUAGUCACUCGAGAAUAAUCUAAGCUUACAAGAUGCCUCUUGUUCGCCUGUCUCGUGAGUCUGAGGAUUGCCUGUUGGCUUGGAUGUGUUGCGUUGCUCAUUUCAUGCUCCUCCUCUCUGCCUUGCCCAAUUUUUUUUCCCACCCUCUAUCUAGCCUCUCUCACUCACUCUUUCCCUUCCCUGUGCACCACAGCCUUCCCAGUCUCACUCCCCCAGAAGGUACGCCGCACAGCCAGCUGCCAGAGUCACCUUCCCAGCCGACUCAGACCCGACGACGUGAGGAAAGGACCGGCUGCCCCAAAACCGGCACAAGUCAUGCCCAGCCCAGCCCAGCGCACUUCAUCCCCCAAAAGCGGCUGGCUCCACUGCUGAUUUCCCACACACCUGCGACUCGUCCGCUCGCUCGUUCCCCCCAGCACCACGCACCACGCACCACGUCCAAUCCACCACACACAACCGCGACGCGCGACAAGUCUGCAUCGCGACAAGCCGCUGCCGUGUCACUCCCCAUCUCAUCCAUUUACUGCUCCAUCUCAAUGGCCCUUGGCUCAUUUCGUCGCAGUCGCUAAUUUUCCCCAGCAAUCGCUCCAUGGGUCGCGCCAGACGACCUCAACCAUGAGCACCUGGAUGAACGAAGCCGCGGUCCCCAACCAUAAUGGCAACGGCUUCCCACAUAUGAACGAUCCUAACGCGGCCGGAGCCAUGAUGGAUCCUUCCGCCUUCAUGGGCAGUCCUGCCCAUUUCAAUCCCGCCCAGUUUGCCAAUCCCCAACAGGCUCAGCAGGCACAGCAACAGCAGGUUCAGCAGCAGCAACAGCAGAUGGCCGCCAUGCAAAAUGGCCAAAUGCGCAACGCCUCUCCGUCAUCCUUUCAGAAUCCCGCCUAUCAAACAAACCCCGUUAUUCCAUCGAAACGACCUCGUCCUCGCGAAGACAGCCUCGCCGGCUCACCGCGACAAAACCCUGGCAUGUUGCCAACGUCGCGCUCCGAAACGCCUCAGACCUUUCCCGGCUACCAGCCCGGUAUGCCCCAACAGGCGCAAGGUCAACCUUCGCCGUAUCCCCAUCUUCAAGCCAACGGCUCCGCGAACGCGACACCUUCACCCAUCAUGGCGAACCAGUUACGACCCGGAAGUGUGCCUCAGCGAGUUGCGACCGCGUCGCCACACCCCUUCUCCCCGGGUGCGCAACAAUUUGCGCCUCAAGCGUCACCGAAUCCAUCCGAGCACAGCACCCCGCAACCGAACCACUUCAUGCAACAAAACAUGCCCAACAUGCCUCAGGGCUACAAUCCGAACUUCAACCCUUCACCUUCCCCCGCGCGGCCCUCCCCCAACCCGAAUGCGAUGGGGGGCUCUGGCAUGAUGCCUCAGCAGAUGGGACAGAUGCCUCAGCAAAUGGGCCAAAUGCCGAACCAGAUGUUGCCCCCCAACAUGCAACCGCGGAAUGCCAUGGAGCACCAACAAAUGGCAGCUUACCAGGCGCGGCUUCAGAAACAAUUGCAACAGGGAACGAUGCAGGGAAUGCAGAACAUGCAGAAUAUGCAGAACAUGCAAAAUAUGCAAAACAUGCAAAUGGCAGCUCAGAUGCAGGCUCAAAAUAUGGCGCAAGGCCGUGGGAUGAUGCCGAAGCAGCCCAUGCAAAUGCCCAAUGGCCAGAUGCCCCCGGGCGGUAUGAGGCCCCAACCCCAGCAGCGACAGAUGCAGCCACGAACCGACCCGGAGCAGUUCAUGAAGAGUCUCACUACUUUCAUGACCGCUAAGGGUCAACAGCUGGACGCGAACCCAGUCAUUGGCAACCGACCCGUCAAUCUCUUGACAUUAUUCCAAGCUGUGCAGAGCAAGGGAGGUUACAAGCCUACAACUGCUGGUAAUCAAUGGCCUCAUAUUUCAAACAGUAUUGGAUUUCACCCAGGCCAGAUUCCCCAGGCACCCCAGGUGUUGAAGGAGAUAUACGAAAGAAAUCUACUUAGAUUCGAGGAGGCCUGGGUUGCGCAGCAAAAUCGACAACGCAUGAUAGUACAACAGCAGCAACAGCAGCAGCAACAGGGUAUGCCUAACCAGCCAAUGCCGCCAGGCGCCCAACCCCAAACAACACCCACAAAACAAAUGUCUCCGCAAGGGCCGAUGCCGCCUCAACAGCAGCAGCAAAUGAUGCAAUCUGGGCAACCGCCAAUGCCGCCGCAAGCUCAAACUCCCGUCAAGCAAGGGUCUUUUAGCGGCCAGCCUCCGUCUGUCAACGGCUUCCAAACGCCUCAGGCUCCGGGGCCACAUACGCCUGCGAGCGCACAGCAAGGCCAUGCCCGGAAUAGCUUGUCUCGCAGCGUAGAACCGACGCCAGGCCACCCCCAAGGAUUUCCAGCAGCUUCUCCCGCGUCUGUCAAAGGUGGGGGACUGCCCAUGCCUGCUCCUCCAGGAUUGGACCAGAACCCCAUGGCAGCUUCGAUCAAGCCCCGUAUGCUGCGGCUGGCUCAAGAAUCGGACGAAUACACGCCCAGUGCUCGCCCCCUCGAGACCUAUGGUGGUAUCAAUAUUCGAGCUUUCGACCUGAAGGGCUUGGAGCUCCAGGGCUUGAAGCCAGAUGUCCCACCCCCAUACGAACUUGGAUACGUGGAUUUGCACGCUUUGACACGAAGUCUGGAGUCUGGAAUUCACGGCGAAGUACGACUUGCUCUUGACACCCUCGCCGCUGUCACUUCUACGCAGCAUCAGGCCCUGCACAUCCACCUCAAGUACUGCGAAGAGCUCAUCGAAGCUUUACUUGAAUGUGCCGAGGACCAGUUGGACUUGCUUGUCGAAAACACCGAGGAGGCCUCGUCAGACAUUCAAUUGACUCCCUACGAGGACGUGGCUCGUGCUUGUUGGACCGACAAGAUGGGUGUGAAGGAGCUGCCCAAGUUUGGAACCCCCGAGUACGAACUUGACCGUGCUGUUGACCGGUUCUCUUGCGUCAUCACCAUCUUGCGCAACCUUUCCUUCCCUGAAGCUUCCAACGAAAACCAUCUGGUUCUCGGCGACGAGCUGGUCAUCAAGUUCCUCUGCGCUGUGAUCAGAUAUCUCGGCACGAGAACCAUGUUGUUCCGGACAAACGCAAACACUCUCGAGUUCAUGAAAGACGCCAUUAUUCUACUGUCUAAUAUCGCCGGCGCAGUCGAAAUUCCCGGCCGCGAGCAAGCGCUGUGUUUAUUGCAUUUUUUGCUCUCUUUUGCACCAGCACCUGGACCGUCUGUGGUAGACAACAAGCUCUACUUCCCACCUUACCAGCCUGGAGUCCAUACAUACACUUUCCAUGCCGUCGAUGCAUUGGCUAGGUUCCUGGCUCGCGACGAACCGAACAGAACGCACUACAAGACCCUCUUUGCUAUGGAAGCCAAUAGCAGCCCACCAUACGACCUAUUGACGCGCUCGUUUGCUCUGGCCACCACGGUUAUUCCCAUUCAGUCACCAGAAUCUAUCGUGGCACACAUCGAGGCUCCCGAGAAGUUCUUCAGGUUGGUCGAAGAUCGGAAGCCUUGGCUCAUGCAGGGUCUGUUGGCUACAGACAUCAUCGCAUCUCUCGCACCCGGUUAUGAGACAGGAAUCGCUAAAUCAUGGCUAUCCAGUGGCAAUGGCUUUGCUCAAUCCCUCUAUCACUUUGUGCAAGUGCUUGGAGCUCAAUUCGAGCAACCAUGGCAAACGCGGAGUGGUCAAGGGGACCCUGCAGGUCGAGACACGGGCUUGGUCUAUAUUGCGACGUCUGGCAUCUCAACCCUUCGGAGAUUAGCAGAGAAGGCACGGGAUCCCAAUGACCCUAACUCUUUAGUCCCCGCGGACUCGUUACCAUCGGAAGAAAGCCUCUUCAAGAUGAUGAUGAUGCGAUCCCCCGAAUGGACAAAAGAUGGGGUGAUGAGGAAUCUUGCGGCCUACGCCUCGCUAGAGUCGUAGGCAUUGUCAUGGCUUCUCAUGUAUGGAUUGAAACAAAAGAUUGGAGAAAAUCAAGCUCGGUGCAGGUCUUUCCACCAGAUGGGUCUGAUGGGCCGAAGACAAGACCGAAGUUCGGGACCUGAGCCGAACGAGGCGUUUAGAUGUAUAUGGCACGUCUUUGUAUAAGAGUUGUAACCAAAAAAGACUUUUGGCGUGUUGACGGGAGUUUACUGGGAGCAUGGAGCGAGGCUACUUGGUCAAAGGGCCGUCUUUCAUAGGUGUAUAUAUAACGCGGAAAUGCAAGAAUACCUCACGGA